GUUUUAAUUCUGUCUCUAAUCUCUGCAACAGCAGCGCUUUCCCCAUCCCAAGCCCAGCUCGUUCGCUACCUGGCCGGAAUAGCCCCGCCGCCGCCGCCGCCACUUCCUCCGCAGGCUGCCGCCGGUCCCCAAACCCCCACCCCACCCUCCUCAUCACCACCACCCCCGUGCCCACUUUGCCUGGCCAUGGAAACCCGAGGAGAAAAAGUGGCCCCGGACGCCAGUGCCUGAGGAUUCUGUGCGGAGGAGGGGUCCAAAAAUGAAGACCUUGAUGCGCCAUGGGCUGGCUGUGUGUCUAGCGCUCACCACCAUGUGUACUAGCUUGUUGCUCAUGUACAGCGGCCUCGGUGGCGGCCAGAAGGAACCCCCCCAGCAACGGGAGCAGGAGCAGGCAGCGGCUGGGGCCAGCGGCAAACCGGCAGCGGAGAGCCUCCGGCGCUUGGGGCUGGCAGGCAGCAACGGACAAUUGGGGCAGUCUCUGCAGCGCCCCGGAAUUCCUCAGGGUGGGCGGCUCAUGGAUGGAUACAUCAGCGUCCUGGAUCAUAAGACCCUGAAGAUGCACUGCAAGGACUGUGCCCUGGUGACAAGCUCGGGGCACCUUCUGGGGAGCCGCCAGGGACAGCGCAUCGACCAGGCGGAGUGUGUGAUCCGCAUGAACGACGCGCCCACCCGUGGCUACGGCCGGGACGUGGGCAACAGAACGAGCCUCCGAGUCAUCGCCCAUUCCAGCAUCCAGAGGAUCCUCCACAAGCGGGAGGAGCUCCUGAACACGAGCCAGGGGACGGUGUUCAUCUUCUGGGGGCCCAGCAGUUACAUGCGGAGGGAUGGCAAAGGGCUGGUCUACAACAACCUGCAGCUCAUGAACCAGGUCCUCCCGCGCUUAAAAGUCUUCAUGAUCACGCGGCACAAGAUGCUGCACUUUGACGAGCUUUUCAAACAGGAAACUGGGAAGGACAGGAAGAUCUCCAACACUUGGCUCAGCACCGGCUGGUUCACAAUGACAAUUGCAUUAGAGCUCUGCGACCGAAUAAAUGUCUAUGGCAUGGUGCCCCCCGAUUUCUGCAGGGACCCCAAUCACCCUUCAGUACCUUAUCACUAUUAUGAACCUUUGGGACCCGAUGAAUGCAUGAUGUACAUCUCACACGAGCGGGGACGGAAGGGGAGCCAUCACCGGUUCAUCACAGAGAAGCGUGUCUUUGAGAACUGGGCUCGGGCCUUCAAUAUCCACUUCUUUCAACCAGACUGGAAGCCGGAAUCACUGGCUAUCAACCACGCUGAGAUCCAACCAGCGUUCUGAAGAAUAAAUGCACAAAGCUGUCAUUGCUAUCAUCUAGAGUACCAAGCUUCAGGGUCUUAAACUUCACCUCGAGGCCAGCCAAUGUGGAAAGGAAAGUUAACAGGACCUGGAGAUGAGAAUUGCUCCUAUACUCAAGAGGUUACCACAAAUGAAUAUGUAUGAGGUGUGACUAUCAUGUAAUACAGCCCACUUUUUCCCUCUUUAAACCAAUAUACAAGAAUUUUAUCCAGCCAAAUGAGCAUUGUCUCCUCCAAGGUAGUUGGCUUGGGAGGCCAUACAGGUGGCCCAGUGAUACCACCAUUCCUGAAAAGAGUUUGGUUUCCUUUUUUCUCACCUUCAGAGCCAGCUUAUGAGCCAUGAAGAAAAGGCACAUGAUUGCUUGACAGCACACCUCAUAAGCGGACAUUGCCUAUUGGACUGGAUCUUAACCUAGUAUCUGACUUCCGCCAUCUUUCUGAACAAUGUGUGUAGGAUUUGUCAAAGGCAGCCUGGGUCAGUCUAACUGUGGCUUUUAAAUGGCACAUCUCCACAGACUUUCAUAAUGCAAAUCUACAGUAUUUAGUUAUGGAGGGAUUUUUACCGACACUAGGCCAGCAUUUGCUUGGUUUUUUUCCUACAUUAGAGCUCUGUGGUUCUUUAUUUUUCAGAAUCCUUUAUGUCUUGAAUGAAAACUGAUGAUGGUUUGGGAAGGCUUCCAUUUCUGUCGAUAUGCUGCCAUGUGUUUCUUUCUUUUGCAUUCCAUGACUAUCAAUUGCAUGUACCUCA